CAAAGUUCACUUCUAUAUAAAAUAUAGUAUAAAACCAUGCUUAUCUCAAUACCAAUGCCUGCACACAUAAACUGAGUUGAACUUAUCUUUUCCCUGCUCAAAAAAUCAUGAGUGACUCAAAGUAUGCAACCACUGCAAACAAUGGCCAGUAUGUCUCUUCAGAUCAGAUGAAUCGCGAGGAUGUGCUGGAAUUUUCCCCAGAAGAGGAAGAUAUCGUUGCGAAAAUGUUUAGAUUGGUCGGAAAGAGAUGGCAUCUCAUUGCUGGAAGAAUCCCUGGAAGAACCCCAGAAGAUAUUGAAAAGUAUUGGACCUCAAAGUUCUCAUCAUCAACUGCAUGCUAAAUGCUAGCUGAUAUCCUAAGCACCAUUCUAAGUUCCUAGGCAAAUUGUUAUUUAAUUUAUCCAUCAACAAAAAUAGGUAGAGUUAUUCAUUUUAAGUUGACACUAAUCAAAAUCGUUCAUUUAUUUUUUUUACCAUAUAUAACAUAAAUGUAAAAGAACAAAUGAAUGGUUUUGAUUGAUGUCAAUUGGACAUGGAUAACUUUAUAUAUACAUCUUUUGUUGGUGGUGGAGGUUGUUCUCGCACCUCUUUCCUAUUAUUAAUCCAUAUGCAUGGUUUGAAAUUAUGAAUAACUUCUUAUAUAUCUAUCUAUUGUAUUAUAAAGAUCCCUACAUCUUUAUCCACAAAUAAGAUGAUGUAAUAACAAUCUAUUAAGUGA